UGCGCUCAGCUCCACUUUCAUCUCUGAGGUCACUGGUAUCAGAGGGAAGAGGGACUCUGGAAAAUGAGCAUUGUUUUGAGUCGUUUGGAUAACUGUUCGCCUAAGUUUUUAAAGUGAGAAAUGGAAACGAUGCCUGUUACAAGAUAAAUACCUCUUAGGUUCCACACGGUGCCUCUGAUCUUACAGCUCCUCUGUCUGUCUCCAGUACCUUUGAAGUAGGUGCAAAUGCCAAACACUUAGACAAAUCUACUUCUCCUUACAAGAGGGUGCAAAAACCAAGUUGCCAUGGGAAACCAGUUGACAGAGAUUGCCCCAAAUACAACGUUCCUGCCUAACUUCCAGUCCAUCCACGUUGUGGUCAUUGGUUUGGACUCCGCAGGCAAAACCUCGCUUCUCUACAGACUGAAGCUGAAGGAAUUUGUUGAAACUAUCCCAACCAAGGGAUUUAACACUGAGAAGAUUAAAGUUCCUGUGGGAAAUGGCCGUGCCAUUACCUUCCAGGUGUGGGACGUGGGCGGACAGGAGAAGCUUCGGCCUUUGUGGAAGUCCUACACGCGGCGGACGGACGGCAUGGUCUUCGUAGUAGAUUCCACGGAGGUGGAGCGCAUGGAGGAGGCUAAGGUGGAGCUGCACAAGAUCACACGCACGUCAGAGAACCAGGGAGUGCCGGUGCUGGUGUUGGCUAACAAACAGGACCUUCCAGUCGCGCUGCCUGUUUCUGACGUGGAGAAGGUUUUGGCUGUACAUGAACUGAGUGCCUCCACCCUGCACCAUGUGCAAGGAUGCAGUGCGGUCGACGGGCAGGGGUUAGAACCGAGUUUGGAAAAACUGUAUGAAAUGAUCCUCAAACGAAAGAAAAUGGUGAGGCACAGCAAGAAAAAAAGAUGAGCUGAACGGGACGGCAUAUUUGCGAAGCUCCUCGGUUGUAGGAUUUUGCAUCGAAUCCCUGAAUGAAGGAAAUGCUCCAGAUGGCCCAGUGGUCCGGAGAAAACAGAUUUGACCUUUAUGUGUCACACAGUAUUGAACUGCUUUCUUCCAUGCCUAGUAAUUGCUGUGCAGCUCCCCUUUGUAAUCAAGGAAAAUGUGAUGGCAGGGACAGGCUGUAGUUUCAGCAGAAUAUAAGCCUACGUCCUUGCCUUUCUUCUUUUUUUUUCAAGCAAGAAAGAGACUAAAUUAUAGCUUGGCAACAUUUUCAGCAGACUUCAGACAUCAUUUUUUUCAACAAACUUUAAGUUGAUUGCCAGUGCCGAUAUAAUAAAAGGCCAUAUAAAUGUUCACGCUAUGCUAGUUGUGAAACUGAAGUCUUAAGCGAAUCACUGAGAUUCACUCUUCACAGAUCUACAUUCUACUUUUGUUUUUACAUGCUGUAAAUAGUUUUUGUAAAGCUGUAGAAGUAAUAAAUUAUAGACUGCUUUGACACAGUCAGUGUUUCAGAAGCCAUAUCUUUUAUACCUGAGGCUGAAUGGUAUUUGCUAAUAUGAUAUUAAUAUUAAUGAUAAUUUAUUUGAUGUUACCUGAUCCUGCUCUGUAUGUGCUGUUAGCCUUGAAAACAUAAAAUCACACUAAUAUAUAUGAAAUAAGGUUUUCAUUCGCUGUGAUGGAACAGAAAACAGCCCCUAUUAAACUAUUAAUAGAGCAGGCGCUCAUGAUGAUGUCAUCUGUGUUCAGGGAGAGCAUCCCACAGGAAAUGCAUUGAUGCUGAAAGAACAUUGUUUGAUGUAACUUUGGUGUUAUAGCCCAGUUCGGAAGCCGAGUUUAGAAAUGGGCGGAAGCAACAUUAUAUCACAUCUGCUGACAAAAUAUACAAGAUUUAUUAAACAACCAAAGUAAGAUGUAUGUAAAUAGAGUCGAAGGCACACAAAACACAUCAUUUAUAAUGCUGCAGGUGCAAAUCUAGUAUUCUUUUGGGGUUUGCAUUGUUUUAAGAGAGCAAAUGGUUUUUGAAUGUCCCGACCCCCACUAUUGCACAAACAGACAAAUCUAUUUACUUUGCUAUCAACUUCCCAGUGAAGCAGCUGCUUUGCUCUGAUUGGAUUAAUUGGUGCUCUGGGUUUAUUGCUUGGAGGAGACUGAGACAGGGGCUGAUUUAUGAGAUCACCGAAUGUGGUAACUUAAUAAGUCCUCUAGGCCUCUGACAGGAUGAUAUGCAACUUGCCAUUUUGAUAACUCGUUUAGGAAUAAAAUAUUUGUUAUACUAUA